UGUGCUUCUAAGAUGUUCAGCCCUUUCUGAUUCAGUACUGAAUAACAAAAAUAUUUUUAUCUACAAUACUGAUUUUGGGGAUGCCUUCGGUUGUAUCAAUUUGAUGAUUUGCCCUGAACCUGACACAACCAAACACACCACCAUUUUAUUUAGCUUCUAGGUUUUUAUACAUUUAUUUUAGAAUGUAUGGACAAAUUAAGGUUGAAAUUACAUGCCAACAGACAACAGUCCAACAGCAGCUAAAGCAACGUAUUGCAGAAGAGCUAUGUGGUUAUUUUAAAUCCUGACGUUAAUACAAUAAAUGACGACACCAUAAAUUAAGAGUUUGGGUCACAGGUGUGUGAAAGGAAAGUUGGAAAUAUUAACAAGCCAGUUUAAACUGUGGACCGCGUAAAACAUGUUGUUAAAAUUACGUGUACAAGUUGGAGGGAAAAAAGUUAUAGCCUUAAGACACGUUACAGAGCAAGCUCCUGCUGUCCCGAGAGCAACCCUCUGCUCAUUUCCAUUAAUUCACCUGUCACGUCAACUGAAGGAGCGGUUCGACGAGUUGACAAAAUGUCAGCAACAGGUGUCUGUCGGCGCGGGAGGGGCUCAAAAUGUCCAUCAAAAACAGCAAAAAAGAACUCACCUUGGGACUCGGGAGGAGAUGCGUCGCUGCCAUCCAGGUCCGCCAUUUCUCCUGACGUCAGCUGAGAGGGAUCAGAGGCAGGAACCCGAGCGACCUGCUGGACUGAUCCUGAUCCUGAGACAGGCCGGGCACCCUCCCACGGACAGGUGGGGGACGGCACAUGGUUACAUCAAUACCGUGCAGGCUCACCCCCCCGCGCCCCCAGUAAAAUGGCCACUGAUUGGUGCACAGGAAGCUGCAGCCAUGGCAACCAGCUGUUUGGCAAUUCCUUGGAUGGAGAUAGUGGAGGGAGGAGAUUUUGGCCUACAAAACCCCCUCCAGACGAAGCCACCACCCCCUAACUUCUCCUCUUUAGUGUCUCCUGUGUGUUUGUGCUUGAUGUCUGUUUUUUUUAUUUUUGUUUGUUACCUCUGUCAGAGGCUUUGAAGGUUAGUCGUGAGGUACAGUAGGGGGUGGUUAAGCCUUGGGUGAGGUUCAGGGUCAUGUGUUUUUGAGUGUGUUCACAUGUGUGUGAUGAAAGCCUCCCCAAACUGUCUGUAAUUGGCUCCAAGGGGAAUAAGAUCUUGAGAUUCUCCCCACACAGAAACAGAGCCUUGAUUGCUCAUCAAUAAACACUCACCAUGAAAAGAAUACACACACAGUGUCUCUGCAUGGCAUGGAGUAUUUACUCACUGACCCUAAGCGAGGUAAUACACUGAAGGAUUUUGUGUCUUUGCUUGACCUAAAUGUGUACAAGAUUUGAGGAGAAUGGAUGUCAGACGUUUCCACUUCAGGAUGCUGAUCCUCUGUUGAUUAACGCUCAGGGCUCUUCAUGAAAGACUAUAAUCAGCUGAGAGUGGGGGUGGGCUGUUAAGGAAAAAGCAGAUCGAAGAACUGAUUUUGAGGACAAGCAACCUCUUUGCUCCUCACUGAUUCAUUUGGAUUAAUUUGAGCGCUCGCACAGGGCCAGCACAAAUCAUGGUUGGAGGUCAGAUGACUUUCUAGAUUAAGCAGGCUGGUUAAACAAGCAGGAUCAACAAUACAGGGACAAAUUGCAUCUUUUUAUAUCGAGAGGGAUCUGGAAUUAAAGCCCCUUAAAACUCUUUCUAUGUAACACUAUAUAUUCACCACAAAAUAAGCAGCAGAGCAAAGAAUGCCAUAUCUUGGAAUAUUGGGUCUCAUGUAAAAUUAAACUUGCUUUUUGUAUUUACAUGUGUUCAAGGUCAUUAUAUCUAGCUGCACCUGUUACUGCGAUAUUUCCCACUGCAACUGAAGGCAGCAUAGCAGCUAAUUAUGCGGUGCUGAACAAAUGUUAAAAAAAAAAAAAGAAAGUAGAAGAUAAUGAGGUAAACAAUGCAUAGGCUGCAAACCAGCUUGCAGACAUGUCGCUGUGUUGACGAUAGUGAUAAAUCGCCACCUACAAAACACUCAUC